UUUCCGCUCCGGACAAAAUGUCUGCGAGGAUUAUGCAAGAGACCAGCAGUCCAAUGCCACCGGCCUCCCUCCCGCCAUGCUCCGAGCUCCGGGGAUGAUGGAGACCUCGUUUUUCUCCUUCUCUACAGUAUCCUCUCAAAAAAGUGACUGGGAGCACGGAGAAUCUUCUGCUCUCCCUUUGUUAACGUUGCCUCCUUACGCUCAGGCUGCCACCGGUGCGCACCCUCUCCCUCUAGUGGAGACUUGCUCACUGCGUCCCACUCUGGGGAGGAGAAGCCCAGCGCGAGCCAGAUGCUCAGACCAGAGCCCUGCCCUGCCCCCACCUCCGGGCGCCCACACAAAAGGGUUUUCUGAUCCUUCCCGGGUGUACAGGACCCAUUUGCUGUAACUACUUACACUAACCAAAUCCUUGAAGCUCACCAGGCAAGCUUGUUUCUCCCUCCAUGAAAGAAAAGAGUAGGUACUUGCUGCUACCUUCUGAACUUCUCAUCAGCCCAGACUACAGAGACUGUGUCUUAAGAGAAACUGUCAUAGAAAUAGCUUAAUACAGUGAUAUCAUUAAGUAUUCAAGGAGAACAUACUGAGGAAUCUAGGUUUUAAUCUGAUAGGUUAUUAGAAGAAUAGAACUUCAAAUAGAACUACAAAUGCAAAGUACUGUGGAUUGUCCUUCAAAGCUCAGGGCUAAUGCUGCACUGCUUCUGCCCGAGAACCUGGGUUGGCUGGAAACCCUGAGGCAAUGGCAGGGACCUCAGUACCCUCAGGACAUGGCCUGCCAACUAAUUUAAAGAUGCUGCAAAAAGGAUGAGGAGGGACGAAUUGGUGUUGACCAUGGAAGAGACCGGUGGGCAGGACAAUGUAGCUACGCUGGGCAGCCCUUUUCCUGGCCUGGAGCCGGCGCCUGCGGGCCGCCUGGGGGCGCCAUAUUCCGAGGCCUGGGGGUACUUUCACCUGGCCCCGGCGCGGCCUGGACAGCCGUCAGGCUACUGGGCCACCUGCCGGCUGUGCGGGGAGCAGGUGAGCCGAGGCCCGGGCUUCCACGCGGGGACCCCGGCGCUGUGGAGGCACCUGAAGAGCGCGCACCGGCGCGAACUGGAGAAGAGCGCCGCACGCCGCUCACCGCCACCCAAGCCCGGCCCUGCUGCGGCCGCAGAAGGCGACUGGGCGCGCUUGCUGGAGCAGAUGGGCGCGCUGGCCAUUCGGGGAAGCCUGAGAGAGCGUGAGCUGGCGCGGCGCGAGGCAGCUGUGGAGCAGGGCGAGCGCGCCCUGGAGCGGAGGCGCAGGGCCCUGCAGGAGGAGGAGCGAGCUGCGGCCCAGGCGCGGCGCGAGCUACAGGCCGAGAAGGAGGCGCUGCAGGCGCGGCUGCGGGAACUGAGCCGUCGCGAAGGCGCCUUGACUACCGCUCCGCUGCAGACUCCUCUCAAAGAGGAGCCCGAGGGGGAGAAGGACGGCUACAUGAUCACUAAGGUCCAGCUGUAGGUUUGGGUCGCUCCCGCCACUCCAUGCCAGCGGUACUCCAAGUGUGGUCCACGGACCAGUGUCUUAAGCCUCACCUGGGAGCUGAAUCUCUGGCCCGCUGCCUCCUAGUGAAUCGGAUCUCCAAUGGGAGGCCUUGAAAAGCGCUUGAGGCCUGAACAAAACCAAAAAUCAUUUCCAUCCUGGGGUCAUCUGGGGUGCCUGAGAGCGCAGGCUCCAGCUGCCCCCUUGCUGUUGGCAUUUAGUGGGCAUCGUGCAGGGAGCCGUUUCCCUCCUAAUGCCUUUGGGAAUGAUAGCUCCAGCCGCCCAUGGAACCUUAAUCUCCCCUGGCCUUCCACCUGAUGACUCUAAAAGGACAGAAGCUUCCUUACACACCAAAGACUACCACACCACGUGCCUGUACACCAGCUGGGACAACCGAGGGUAGAGGGUCCAUGGACAUAAUGGUAAAGCAUUUUAUCUGAAAGGAAGAAUUUUAAUCAUUUCCUAGUAAGUAAAUCUUUGAUGAGCAAUCUUUGCCCAGCAUCAAGUUCAGAAAAGGGGGCCCACUCAGUUUCCACAACUGCUCUUUACCCUCAUUAUCUCUUGUGCCUUGGCAUAGCAGUCCCGAGAAGCCCUCUGUUUACUCUUCUCCCCAGUUUGCACAAUACCAAGUGCACCUUGUUCUGUUUCAUCUCAGCCGCUUUCUAUCCCAUUUCAGACCCAUUGGCAGCUGUGGUCAAUGUCCUCACUUUCUGCCUCACACCUGCCUCAUUACCAGGAAAACAUGACUUUAUCCUUCAUUGCUACGAAGAGCACUUCCUUCCCCACCUGACUCCAGUGCCCACUUUUGGGUCAAAGGCAGCAUCCCUCGCACCUGAGGGAACCUCCUUUUAUGUUUACAUCCAUUCCUUUUCCACCUUCACUGGCUCUUUGCUCCAUUCGUGUUCCUCUGUUCCCCUUAUUCCCUUCUGUUUCCCCACACUUCCUCUUUCUCAGAAAUGCCCAGUUUCCCUUGCACUGAAAAGAAUGAAUUCCCCAGCCUGGAUGCUGUCAGCUGAACCACCGUCCAACAGAGGUGGUCCUACCUAUUCUUCCUCCCUGUUCUUUGUCUCCUCCAUUCGAUGGUCAGCUUUCCAUGCUACACUGGAUUCUUCAGGGCCACCUUUAUCCCCUAGUGGCUAAAUACAAUGAUUUACUCAAA